AUGUUCCAUCUCUCAGUGUUUUAUGGAGCUGGACUCGUGGGGCUAUGGCUUUUGUUAAAGGCAGCACAGGCUCUGUAUAACAUUUCGCCAUUGCAUCCGCUGAGCAAGAUUCCAGGCCCUAGGCUGGCGGCUGCUACGUACCUCCCGGAGUUCUACUACGAUGUCAUCAAGUUUGGGUGCUAUACCAAGGAGAUUGGUCGGAUGCACCAGAUCUACGGCCCCAUUGUACGCAUCAACCCAAACGAAAUCCACUGCGACGAUGUCAGCUUCGCAGAUGAAAUCUACGCUGUAGGCGGACGCAAACGUGAUAAGCCCGUCCACCAGAUCAAUGGCUCAGCUCUCGGUGAAUCAGGCUUCGGCACAGUCGACCAUGAUCACCACCGCAUGCGCCGCAUCCCCGUGGCCAAGUUCUUCUCGCGCUCUAUGAUUGCCCGCCUCGAGCCCGACAUCCACGCCCUAGUUCAAAAGCUAUGCGACAAACUCCUCGCGCAGUCCGGCGAAAAUGACCCCUUUGAUGUGACCAUGGCCUACAGCUGCUUCACCUCCGACGCCAUCUCCAGCUACAGCUUCGGCCAGGGCUUCGGGCUGCUCGACCAAAAGACGUGGUACCCGAAUUUCCGCGAGCCCACCGCCUCCAUCCUCCGCCCCGUCUUCGUCUUCCGCUUCUUCCCAUGGACCAAAGCAAGCGCGGGCCUCGCCACCUUCUUGAUCGACUACUUGCCCAAGGACAUAGCCCUGAUGGUCAAGACGCUGCAAAUCGACAUUCCCGCACUGAUCCGCAAGGCCGAAGCCGAUCUCGACGCCGGCAUCACAUACGACCGCCCCACGGUUUUCGCCGCCCUCCUGCAAUCCGCGUCGGACGAGGAAAAAAACAAGCUCCGCUGGGUCGCUGACGAGGCCCAGGCCAUUGUCGGUGCAGGCACAGAGACAACCAGCUGGGCUCUCGCUGUCAUCACCUACCAUUUACUCAGCAACCCGCCCCUCCUGGCCAAACUCACUCGCGAACUCGAGACCGUCGUUACAGACCCCCGACACCUCCCCGGCUGGACACAGCUCGAGACACUACCGUAUCUCGGCGCUGUCAUCCAAGAGGGCCUGAGACUCUCGUACGGCGUGUCCAGCCGCACUGCGCGCGUCGCGACCGAGGAGAACCUCGUAUACCGCGGCGAGUGGGCCAAGAAAGACGUCGAAUACGUGAUUCCGCAGGGCUAUGCCGUCGGCAUGUCGGCAGCCAUUACCCAUCACAAUGAGCGCUCGUUCCCGGAUUCGUUUGCCUUUGCGCCCGAGCGCUGGCUCGAUGAAAACAAUCAGCGCAGAAAAGAUGUCGAGCGCGGUUUGUUGGCGUUCUCAAAGGGGAGUCGUGCGUGUCUGGGUAUGAAUCUAGCACUAUGCGAACUCCAUCUCUGUCUUACCGCGCUGGUCCUGCGUGUGCUGCCGCACAUGCGUCUUGCGGGCACCACGGACGAAGACGUGCUGUAUGACCACGACAUGUUUAUUCCCAUGACCAAGACCAGCAGGGGUGUGCGUGUGACGAUUGAAUAG